AUGGGCUCCAGCGGGCCGAUGGGCUCCCGGCGGAGGCCCCUGGGCCGCUCCUACUCGGGCAACGGCCGCUUCUCGGCCUCCAGCGCCGCCGGCCCGGGCAGCGACGGCGAGGACAACGGGCCGCUGCUGGAGAGCCGGCCCGAGAGGCGCAGCUACCUGCUCAGCGUGCGCCCGGAGAACAGCUUACCAACCAACAGAUUUUCUCCCUCCAACUCUAGAAGCACCUUCUGCACGAUUAUCGCGCAGCUGACGGAGGAGACUCAGCCGCUGUUUGAAACCACCCUUAAGUCAUACGCCGUGUCAGAGGAGGCCGACGCCAAAUUCACGUGCAUCGUGACAGGGUACCCCCAGCCGGAAGUGACAUGGUAUAAAGACGAUGAAGAGAUGGACAGAUACUGUGGCUUGCCAAAGUACAAGAUUUUCCAUCAUGGGAACCGACACACGCUGCAGUUGUACAACUGCAAAGAGGACGAUGCGGCCAUUUACCAGGCCUCGGCUAGAAACAGCAAGGGCAUCGUGUCAUGCUCGGGCGUCUUGGAGGUCGGAACCAUGUCGGAGUACAAAAUCCACCAGAGGUGGUUUGCCAAGCUGAAGCGGAAGGCCGAAGCCAAGUUGCGUGAGAUAGAGCAGAGCAGAAAGCGAGGGAAGGAGAACAUGGAGGCGGAGCUGCUGAGGAGGGUGAGCCCCGACCGGUUCCAGCGGAAGCGCCGGCUAACGGGGGAAGUGGGCAUGCGCUCUGGUGCCUCCCUCUGGGACAAGGAGGAAGUGGCCAAGGUGCAUAUUCCUGAUCUGAAACAGAGACUCAAUGAGGAGAGCCACGCCAAGGCCAAAGAGUCUUCUCUGGACCCGGCGGCCCUCUUCUCGAACAAUUUCAUCACCGGACGUCUGGAAGCGGACGCGACGACCAACGGGGACUCUUCUCUCGAGAGCGGGGAGGAGAACGGGGAAGAGAACGCCAACGGCUUCCUCACGUAUAUCUACGAGACGGUGGAGAUUAUGACCAGCAAGCCAGCCAACAAGGAGUUUGCCGCAAAGAAGAAGAAGAAAGAGGAGAACGCCGGCGGCCUGUCGGACGCGAAACGAGACGCUUUCCAGCAAGAAGACCGGACGCAGCUGAGGAGAACCGUCUCGACUCAGAAGGACACCGUGCCCGCCCUCACAUCUGAACACAGACCCUCAGCAGCGACAAAUGGGGAGCUGAUGGAAACAGAGUCCAGAGGGGUCCCAAGCCAGGUUACGGGAAACCCAGAACCCCUGCAUUCCAAUCCAGAUGUGUACUUUUCUCUGAGAGACAUGUAUUUCGAUGUCAGAACGGAACAGGAGGUGCCGAAGAAAAAUGCGGGUAGAAGUGAAGUGUCCCAGACAGCCAUGGAUGUUUCCAGUGCGGAAGAGACUCUUCCGGUUUGGACGAGGGCUGCGCCGGAGGUAGUGUCAACUGAACAGGAAGUGGAGGGGAAAGAUGCCCUUAAGACAACAGCUGCCGAAACAGCGGAGGAUUCUAACGUGGAACCGACCCAGUGGACCACAGAGCCAAUGCUGAAGGUGGAACGUGCGCUCUAUGCAGCAGAAAUCCUGGGCAAAAAGGCCUCGGAAACCGAUCUUCAGCCUCCCGCCUGGGUGUCGGAGGGCGGCCCUGGGACACGGCCUCCCCUCGCCGAGGGAAACGAAGGGGAGACGCUUGAAGAAAACAUCCGAGAAACUGACUUGCUGGAUUCCCUCCCCGCCGAUGUCCCGCAGCCCCAGGACGCCGUGGGGCCCCGUGUGGAUUCACUCUCGCAGGAAGCAACAGGGAACUUGCCACGGGCCUCCUGGGAAGAGCAGCUGCCCAGCGAAGGGCCUUGUGAGGGUCCUGAAAACUUGAAGCCAGUCUUUUUCACCACCUGCGACACCCCACCACCUCCAGAUACAGGAUUUGCCAAAGAAACUAACCGGAUAGCCAGCUCCUUUGCAUUAAGGGAAGACUCCCCUGUGGAGCAAGAGACCAUUCCCAGUCCAGAGACCCACAAGCCAAGUGUGGUGGUGGUAAGCCAGGAAAGUAACCAGUAUCACCCAGAGGCUUCCUCGAACCCCCCAGCUGUUUCCCUUGACCUUGUGCAUCCCUUUGGGGAGGAACCCCUGCUUUUGGGAGGAGAGGUAGAGAAGGCCUCCCCAAUUUAUGGCAGUGAUGAAAAUCAGCAUGCACCGUCUCCAGAUCAUGGAAGCGAGGAGACGGCCGCUACCGAAUUUCCUCCCCAGAGAGCCAAUCUCAAGACCAGUCCCGCACGUUGCUGGGACCAAGGCGCCCCUCAGUCUGAAGCGGCGGUCAGUGGAAAGCAAGAAGAGGCAUUUGAGACGUUGAGGGGUGGUGGGCCUGACCUGAAAAUGGAUUGGGGGCUGAAGGAGGAGAGGACGGUGACAGCAAGACCGCUGUUGGUUCUGGAGGCUUUCGUGGAACCUUCUGCUCCCUACCAGAGCAUUCCGGAAAAGCCCCCUCCAAGUCCCACGGUAGAGAUGCCUCCAGUUUUCCACGGAUCACAAGGGUCACCUCCUCUUUCUCCUGUCAAAGAAGGCCUUGCUGAGAGGAGCCAGUCCGUGGCCUGUUCGCCAAAGGACACGAAGAGGGAUAUGGACUCUUGGCAACCAGCGAGGCCUCCACCUUCAGAACCGGCUCAGCAUGCUGACAGAAUGGCCGGAGAGGAAGGUCCUGCCAAGGAAGUGGUCUCAGCUCCUCAGAGGGGUGAAGAAGAUGAGCGGGAGGCUUUAGCUCUUGACCAGAAACUGGAGACCAGCACCAGGAAAGAAGAGGAAACGGCCCCAAGCACUCCAUCAGGGCCGGAUUCGCCACAGCCCGAGACGGCCAUGGAAGAGGAUCAAAUCCCGGAGAAGAAACAACAGAAAAACCUGGUGACUUCCCUGAAAAAUUAUUUGCUUCUGCUCUUGAAGAUAACCUCGGAGGAAGAGAAGAGCAAGGAGAGCCCAAAGCAGAAGGCCAAGGGAGUGGAGGAAAGGACCCCACCCACUGCCCUCCCGAGGCACGUCACAGAUGUGGGCAUCGCUGGGUUAACCCCCAGAACUUCAAGGAAGAUCUUCGAACGGGUCGAAACCAACCAGCUCUUCCAGAGCGCAGAGAGCCUGCAGCUGACCCCGAAGACUUCCCGAAGACUCACGGGAAUGAUCAAUCAGGAGCUGCUCGCUUGCCAAGAAAGGCUGGUGGCUGAAUCAAAGGUGCCCCCCUUGCCCUGCUUGCCCUCGAUCGUGGUAGGGAACGUUUCCAGCGAGCUGACGGGGCUUCCCGACCUGCCUCCAGAGGUUUCUGGCGAGGCACCGGCAGCCCUGCCUAGUGCCACCCCUCAGGAGCUGGCGCUGGGAGCCCGCCGUAAAAUAUUCCUUCCCAAAGCUAAGCAAGCCGACGAGAUGGAAGGGGUAGUCCCGGACGGCCAGGUGCUUGGCAAAAAGGACAGCCCCACCGUGUCUCCGCAGCAGAGCCGGAGGAACGCAGCUCUUUUGCAAAACCCGAUCCCAGCUCCGUCUCCUCCCAUGGAGAGGCGUUCCCCAUCCCUUGCCAGAAAGAUGGCGACGUUAGAAGUGCCGAAGAUAUAUGAGGAGACUGCCGAAGAAAGUAAGAAUGUGGCAGAGAUUGUCCCAGGAGGCCCUGAGAAAUGUGAAGAGAGUGGACCGGAAGGGCAGAUAGGAGAAUCCCGGAGAGCAAAUGACCCAUUUAAAGCCCCGCAGGUGAUCCGCAAGAUCCGAGCAGAGCAGUUCUCAGACGCUUCGGGAAACCUGAAACUUUGGUGUCAGUUCUUCAAUAUUCUGAGUGACUCAAAGCUGACCUGGUAUAAAGACGAGAUUCCCGUGACGGAGACAAGAAGGAGCUCCGGAGAUGAAGGGCAGGCGGCCCUGGCCAUCGUGCAGGUGUCCCUGAAGGACUGUGGCGUCUACCAGUGCACCAUCCAGAACGAAUACGGCACCGAUUCCACUGACUUCCUGCUGAGCGCUGAAGUGCUGUCAGGAUUUAUCUCCAAAGAAGAAAUAGAAGCUGGCGAGGAGAUCGAGAUGACGCCCAUGGUGUUCGCCAAGGGCCUGGCGGACUCCGGCUUUUGGGGGGACAAGUUCUUUGGCCGGAUCACGGUGGAGGACCUGGAGGUAGGCCAAGGCUUCCUGCGGAAGGCGUGCCGCGCCCGGGCCAUUUACGGCCUCGAGCCGGUCUUCGAGUCCGGGCGCACGGGCAUCAUCAAGAUCCGUAACCUCAUCGCCUUUGGCGGGCGCAGCGAGAACACGCUGAUGGAAAGGAACUAUGACAUCACCAUUCAGGAGUGCAAGAUCCAGAAUUCGAGCCGGGAAUACUGCAAAAUCUUUGCGGCGGAGGCCCGAGCCGUCCCUGCCUUUGGGCCCGUGCCUGAAAUCAUCCCCGUUUACCUGAUCUACCGGCCGGCUAACAACGUCCCCUACGCGACCAUGGAGGAGGACCUGCCUGGCCUGUUUGAGCGCCUCUGCGGGCGAGAGCGAGAUGGCAGCCUGGCCCCAGCCAGCGCCUCCGAGGUCGGGCACAAGUGUGCCACCUUCCAGCACUGGUUGUACCAGUGGACAAACGGCAACCUCCUGGUGACGGACUUGGAAGGUGUUGGGUGGAAGGUCACCAAUGUGAGGAUCGUUACCAAAACAAAAGGGUACCAAGGCCUGAAGGAUAGCUGCUGCCCUGCCCUGCUGGAACACUUUAUCACCUCCCACCGGUGCAACCGUUACUGUGAGCUCCUGGCCUUGAAGAGCCUCGAACCCCCGCAGCCCCCAGCGAAAGGCAAAGGCUCCCGGAGCCCCAUCUCUAGCAGGAAGGCCCCGUCGGCCCAGUCCAGCCCCCAGCUCCAGAAGAAAGGCCUGGCUAGCCCCCAACCCCUCCGGAAAGGCUCCGUCAGCCCCAAGAAUGCCCGCAAGUGCCCUGAGGGGGUGGAACCGCAGCCCCCGCCGCGAGCCAAAGCGGGGGAGAACGGCAAGGCCAGCCGGCUGCAGUGA